AUGGCUAAUGACCAUAAAUCUGAUUUUAUCGUUCGUGCAACCGAAACACUGCGCGAAAACCCCGAUUUUAUUGCAAAACUAAACGUUUGUGUCGCCCGCAUCUUGCAGCUCAAGAAGGACUUGGGUUUGUUUGAAUUGCCAUAUGCCGAUCCUCAGCUUGCCUCCAUUGUUGGCUCUGCGCAAGAUAUUGAAGCUGCACGCAAUGUUGUGCGUGAGUCAGUCGCUUUGCUCAAGAACAGAAACAAUGUGCUGCCACUGAAGCUGACCGAGCGCGUGCUGUUCCUCGGACCAACAUUGAACUCCACUCGCUACAUGGGUGGCGGAUGGAAUGUUCAUUGGCAGGGACCGUCGGAGAAUGAGGGCGACGAAGUGUACCAGGGCUUUGGCGACACCAUCCUCGAGGGCGUUCAGGAGAUUACCGGUUGCGAGCCACUGUACUUCAAGGGCGUCGACAUUGACAGAGAUGAGCUUAUUGACAUCAGUGCUAUAGUCAAAGCUGCCAAGAAGGUUGACAAGAUCCUCAUCGGGCUCGGCGAAAAAACUUACGCUGGAAUGGAAGGAAAAAUCGACAAUUUGAAGCUGCCACCAAAUCAGCUUGACAUUGUGUACACCAUCGCGAGGGCCACCCACAAGCCAAUUGUUGUCGUUGUGGUCGGGGGGCGUCCGCGCCUUUUAGAGCGAGUGGCAGAUAUUGCAGAUGGCAUUGUGCAAGCAUAUUUGCCCGGCAUCUACGGCGGUCUGCCCAUUGCCGAGAUUCUCUACGGAAAGGUCAAUCCGUCGGGCCGUCUGCCCUACACGUACCCAACCACCAAAGCGCAGGUAUUGGCCACCAUUUGGAAUACAGCUCGUGGCGACUACAAGCUACAGUGGGAAUUUGGCUACGGAAUUGGCUACUCGCACGUGGAGCACACCAAUUUCACGCUGUCUAGCAAGCUGCUCACGCUUGCCAGGUCAAUUACUGUUUCGGUCAGAAUCACCAACCAUGGUCCCUAUCCACAGAAGGAGCUGGUGUUUCUGUUCACCAGCCAGCCGAGCAUUGAAAAUAAGAAUAUUUAUCCCCAUUAUCUGCGGAUGUUUGCCAAGGUCAAGUUGAGAGUUAACGAGACUAAAAACAUUGUAUUCGAGCUGCGCGCUGAGGACUUGGUAUUCUGGGCCACAGACUCGAAGCAAACCAUCGGUCCGGCUCUGGUGCUUGUAGCCAUCAACCCGUACACUCAACAAGACAUCAAGGCUGAAGUAACUUUGGAUGUUGGCGCCGACGCAGCAUUUGCUUAA